AUGAAAGAAUGCUCGGUGAAUCUUGCAGAAAGGGUGUUCAUAAGAAAGGAGCAUUUGGUGUGCCACACGUCCUGUGCGCAGAUUCUGAAGAUUCGCUUUAAGAAGUAUUCGAUGAUACGCCCUGAGGUAUCUAUAAAAUAUUUUAACUGCAUCGCAAAGAGGUUUGGCCACAGCACAGUAGAUAAGGAUGCCGUGAGAAUAACAAAGGAAAGCAAGCUGCAUCUCGAAAAGAUAUCAGGAAAAGAGCUGGCAUCUACCGGAAUAUUAAUGCCCAACCUGAAAAACGGGGCCUUUGCCCGAAUGGCAUACACCACAGAGAAUAAGUGUGCGUGCAGCGAGUGUCUGGAGGAGGAGAAGAGAACGCUGGCGAUCAAAGAGUGCAGCCCUGGGAGCUACUCAAUCGAAGACUUUAAAAGUAUUAUAGGCCUCAUAAAAAAGAACGAGAAGCUGAACAACAAGAUGAAAGGGCAGGAAAUGCUGUACAAUAAAUACGGAAUACAGAGAAUACGCUCAAUCUACGACAGAUUCUUUGGGUGCUACAACCUCAAGGAGAAGAGAGCUGGAAUACGCCCAUUUACGCUGAAGGGCCCCUGGACAAAAGAGAAUGCAAACAAGCUGAUACACUCGUACAAAACAUCGCUAUCGAUCAAAAACAUGUCAUUUUUUAUCCAGCUUGGGAGAAACAGCCACAACUCUUCCCACUGUGUUGUAUACAACAACACACCCGUCUACUACACUGUGAUAAUCCACAAAAUAGAUCUAAAAACGAAGUCAGACUUGAGGCAGCACAUAAAGAAUAAAACACACAAAAAGUAA